AGCCUUUACAUCUCGAACCAUUAUCACUGGAUGGUGUGUAAGGAGCGAAAUGCUAAAUAAGAAAAUAAAUAAUGAAAAAAUAUUUACACGAGCUAAAUGAUAAUUAUCGAUCAAUGGUGAGCUGCUCUGAGUGUGAACCAAACGCCACUCGUCUGAACCCUUUCUUUGCUUCAGUUUCACUUGUACGAUCUGACGCGUUACAUUCGAGUGCUUGUAAAAUAUAUCAACUCAGCCCCAAAAAUGUCCACAACAUCAUUUGGCCCAUUAAAUAAAAAGCUUAAUCCUUUCUCGCAAACAGAUAUGAGCCAGCAGCGUUUGAAAUUUAUUCCGUUUAGUAUUUAACACCACGCACCAAUGCUGUUAGAGCGACUGGCUGAAGCCGUAGAAUUAUAGCAAAAAUGAGUAAAGAAAACAGAAAAAUGAGAGCAAGCAAAACAUUACAGUUACAGUUUUAAUGAUAGGCAUUUUUUCUAUACCUUAUCUUUAAUUCCUACUAGAGUUUAGAGUGAACCGGUGAGUUUGUUAAGAGCAGCGGUUAAGAUUCAGUAGAGCAAACAACAAAUUAAAAGGCAGCGCAGUAAAUGAAUCGAACUCAAACGCGAUGAAAACAAAAUCAGAUAAGAUACUAGUAAAACAACGUAGCACAAACAAACACACACACAUAAACACACUAUUAAAUGGCCAAAAACGGAUUUCAAUAGCAUUAAGAUUAAGCAGUGGGCAACGGUCGAACAGCAGACGGCAACCCACCAGGAGCUGCACCACUGCGGGUGAAAGAUUUCAAUGCGUGCAGCAGCAAAAGUCGAUCAAACACAUUUUGCGAGUUGCGAGCGCGAACCAUAGAGGCACACUGCUUCCGUUCACGUGCGGAUGGGUGGUAUUGAUAUUGGAACACAAAAGAACAAAAUGUCAAUUAUUAAUCUUAGAAAUGAGUAAGUGACCAACAGGCGAUGGGUGGUCAACGAAACGGCAACACAACUCAACUCGCGCACAGCACAACAACAUAAUGACAAAGCACACAUGACACAUACUAACGUACUAGCAUGUCUGCGGUUCGGCUUCAGUUCGUUCUGCCGUUGUAAUCAUCCAGCAGGGUUCAGGUGGCAUGCUAAAAGAACACAGUAUAUAAUAUAGGUUUAAGGGUAGCAAUGAUGAUUUCAUGAAAGUUGUUUCAAGCGCAAAACAUAAACAAACAAACAAACAAACAAACAAGUAUUUUACUUUCAACGGCAAACCGUCAGCCACCAGGGCUAGUAAACUUCGCCUAUGUAAAACAUAUUUCUAACCUGGUGGGGUUUGUUGUUCAUUUUAGCAAAGACUUAGAUAACAAAUGCGAAACUACACGAAAAAAGACAACCACAUUACACACAUUAUGGAAAUGGAAGUUUAAAAAACAUCUUAACUCUAAGUAAUCUAAUGCUCGAUAGUAAAGAAGGUAGAAGGAAGAAGAAAAUAAAAAAAGAUAAAUGUAGAGAUUAAAGCCCCAAACUAUUGAACCUAUGAAACAAAACAGCACACUAGAGCAAUGCGAAUGAUAAAGAAAGAGAGAGCGAAAAAAACAGAACAAAAAAUGAAAGCAUAAAGAAAGUAUAAACAAGAAAACGCACAUCACUCCGAACAAGUGCAGACAAUAACGAAACGAAAGUAGUGCGAAGCGCGUAAUGCUUGCAACAAAACAGCCACAAAACGAACAAAUAAUAUUUAUAUUCUGUUGUAGACACUUUCACUGAUUCAAAACUUAUUAGCCCCAAAACAAAGCAAAACAAACAAACAAAAAAAACCACUAAAACCGACAGGUGAAGGUUACUAUUCUUCAAAUGGCUUAAGUAACUGCUCGCAGUACUGUACCCUGUCUGUAGGGGGUUUGGAUGGACAAAAUCAAACCAACAAACAAGGGAGAAAUAUAUAAUCGCACACUUGGCCGGUUGGCUUGGUAAGUGUAUAUGAAAGGUAAUCAAAACGCAUACAAAAGUAGCACAAAAACAACAAAAACAAACAAGUAAAUGCAAGUAAAUGCUGAACCCCAAAUGCCAUCAAAAUACACUCGUGAUAUUACAAACAAAAACAAGAGAACGGACAAGGUACGUACGAAGGUGAAAUGGGAGCCCCACGACAGCUCGUCCGUUCGAAGGCUAAUGAAGAUGGAGUAAUAUAGCAAAUAUGCGCUGCUUCAGUCGAGCGAGCAUACAGAUAGUUAUUGAUAAGAUUACGCUAGGUUUAGUUAGUGUGGUAAGGUUAGUAUGUGGUAAGAUUUAGCCGGGAUUAAGAGUUUCACCUAGAUCAAUGUUAUGUAGACUCAGUUAUCGUUGGCAACUGAUGAUAUUUUGCUCCCUCCUGUUUGCAAGAAUUUUUGUAUUGUUUUAUUCUCGACUUUUUUUUUUCAAUCGACGUAUUUUUUGUAUAGUUUAUGAAUAAAAGUUCAAAUAUCACGUU